AUAACUCAGAAAGGCGCGCACGCCCAUACACACACAAUCUCUCACACACCCUGCUCACACACUGCUCCUAAACUGGUGGAAAAAAACCUCAGACAUGGAUGACCCACUCACAAAAUGGCUCCACUUACACAGUAACAUCAACAACGCGUCUGGAGCGGUCUGUAAGGACACUGAAUGAUGCUAAUAUUUGACACGGACGCCUCAAAUCAUCUUUUGAUAAUGAAAUAAUUGUUGAGAAUUAAAUGAAGGACUGCAGGGCGGACUUGAACGAUUAAAAAUGAUGGAAAAACGGCAGCAGGAGCUUUGUCCUGGAAGUCCCGAUGCGGGCUCCGGUCCUGGAAAGUGGGAGGAUUCCGCCAUCAUCUCCAGACAAAACGGAUACAAGGAGGACGAAGAGCCUCAGAGAGAGGAGGAGAGAGAAGAAGAGGGAGAGGAGGAGGAAGACGAUGAGGAGAGGGGAGGGAGCUUCAAAGGCGCUGAGGAGACGGAUGACGUUCCUCUGCAGAACUCGAGCAACGGGACCAGCAUUAUCAUCAACGGCGUUGCCAAGGAAACUGCCUCUCACAACGCCCUUGACCUGAAAAGGGAAGUGCCGGUGAUCGAGCUCUCCAGGAGGGAGGCUAUAAAAGUGCUAGAGCCGAGGACUGAAAGCCAUUUGGUGCCGAUCACAGAACUUCGCAGACCUCCACCGCUGCCGCUCCCUCCGCCGCAACGAGACGACGCUCGAAUGGUCCAACUGAGCCCAAACGCGUUUCCUGUCCCGGCGCGGGCGAUGCUCUACAACCUGGCACAGCCUCUUGCAGCCAUCAACAGUCUUGGAGGGGAGUCGGAGCAGUACAGCAUGUACCCCAGCAACAGGGUAAAGCGCCGCCCGGCGCCUUAUGAGGUUGAACUCGACGAGGGUAGGCGCAUUUUAGAUCUUUAUAAGUAUGCCGGCCAGCCGAAGAUUGUGCGCCGCAUCUUCACAAACAGUCGUGAACGCUGGCGCCAGCAGAAUGUAAACGGCGCGUUUGCGGAGCUCCGUAAGCUCAUUCCCACUCACCCUCCAGACAAGAAGCUGAGCAAAAAUGAGAUCCUGCGGUUGGCAAUGAAGUACAUCAGCUUCCUCUCCAACCUCCUGGAGGAUCAAGAUGGUGGGAGAAAUGUUGGCAGCACAACUGAAGGGGACACAGGACUGCUGGUUGGUGUUGCAACGCAUGAGGGGGGCCCUCAGGGUGCGCCGCACCAGGACACUGUGGUAGACUUGGCGAGGGACGAUCUUGUAGAGACAAUGUCACCAGGUUCUAGCUGUGGAAGCCUCCCCGAUGGGGAUGCUGAAGGGAGUCCGGAGAGCUUCAUGGAAGACCAGGACUCGCCUCCAGCUACGAGGACUCUAACAGCUUCACGUGGGGCCCCACUUCAUCUAGCUGCUAGAGACCUAAGGCGCAAUGGACGUCCAUUAGAUGGUUCCAGUCGCCGAUGAUAAAGAUGCCAGCGAACCAACAACAUGACGCAAGGCAAUGAAAAUAAGCAAAGAGAUUAACUAAAAUCAGAGGGAAAUCAUCAGAACACUGUUAGUUUUGGGUCAUCAGUGUGGGAAGGAGAACCAAGGCACUUACGUUCUGUAAAAAAGUUGUCUGACUUGGAUCCAGAACUGGCUUUAUUCUCCUACUCCAAUCCCAGACAGUACUCUUGAAUAGUUUGCUUUAAUUUAACCCCGAAAAAGACUUGUACAUUCUGUUUGCAUGUCCAACUUAACUGACCUGCAAAUUACGAUUUUCAUGUGCUUAAAAGUUGCAAAGUUAUAAGAAACUUCAAAGAAAAAACCAAGAAAGAGAAAACUAAAUAGAUCCAACAGCUUUCGUUGAAGAUCGAAUUUGCUCUAAGUUUUUUUUGAAUGUUUAAAAUUGCAAAGUUGAACCUCAAUUUUGAACGGCAGACACAACAGGUCUACUUUGCACAUAGAAUCCCGCUGGUUGACACAUAGAAAAUUCCAACUAAAGCAAGAACAAGAGAGACUGUUACACCAGGAUGGGGUGUUAGCUGUACUUUUACAAGCGCAGUUAUGUAUGUAUUGUAAAUAACAUUAUAUUUCCAUGGCACAAUUUAAAAACUAUGACAGAACUCAAGUCGUGGUUUCACAUGUACCAUAGUGCGCUUGUCAAUCAGUUUACUGGGAGAGUAGAAUGGAAAUUAGAAGUAAAACAAAAACUCACAGUAAAGUACAGCAAAUGUGGUACCUUCUUUUCCUUGUUAGACUUUGGUGAUUGAAAAAAGAAAAUGUUGGCUGACCAAAUAAUGAUUUUGUUGUCUAGAAUAAAUAUACCUAUCAAAACUAUUGUAGAGGUACAAGACGACGAGAGCUCGAAAAGUGUACAAAAAAAUGGGUCAAAUGAGAUCACUAAAUGGCUCAUGCGGUCUUUUUGAUAUGAAUGUUUCAGUGUUUUUUAAACUGUAAUGCAGAUGUAGUUUAGUAAGGUACACCGAUGAAUCCCUUUUUGACACAAACACACACUAACACACACACACACACAGCAGCAACACACGCUGUUAAUACCCUAAGAAAACCAGCAGUUGUCUGACAGAGACAGUUAUGUGUUGCUCACUGUUGCUGUUAAUUCUGCUUUUUUCAGCAGGACCUAGUAGCCUAUAUUGGUACCUUUGACAAUUAUGGUAUUUUAUGAAUUGCAGUAAAGGGACAUUGUACAUUUGGUAAAGGCAUCAUUGUUGUAUGAUAGCUGUAUCUAUAAACACUUCCAAUGGUAAAUUGGUGAAUUUUAUAUAAAAGUCCUAAAUAAAACCUUGAUGAGAAAAACAGUU